GGGAAAGGAAGAGGAGGCGGGAUCCGGGCGCUGCGUUAGCUGCGGCCUGGCACCAAAGGGGCGGCCCUGGCGGAAAGCAGACGCAGUGGCCCCGGUGAUUAUGGACCCGGCCGAGGCGGUGCUGCAGGAGAAAGCACUUAAGUUUAUGUGCUCUAUGCCCAGGUCUCUGUGGCUGGGCUGCUCCAGCCUGGCGGACAGCAUGCCUUCGCUGCGAUGCCUGUAUAACCCAGGGACUGGCGCACUCACAGCUUUCCAGAAUUCCUCAGAGAGAGAAGACUGUAAUAAUGGCGAACCCCCUAGGAAGAUAAUACCAGAGAAGAAUUCACUUAGACAGACUUAUAACAGCUGUGCCAGACUCUGCUUAAACCAAGAAACAGUAUGUCUAGCAAGCACUGCUAUGAAGACUGAAAAUUGUGUAACCAAAACGAAACUUGCUAAUGGCACUUCCAGUAUGAUUGUGCCCAAGCAACGGAAACUCUCAGCAAGCUAUGAGAAGGAAAAGGAACUGUGUGUCAAAUAUUUUGAGCAGUGGUCAGAGUCCGAUCAAGUGGAAUUUGUGGAACAUCUUAUAUCCCAAAUGUGUCAUUACCAACAUGGACACAUAAACUCGUAUCUUAAACCUAUGUUGCAGAGGGAUUUCAUAACUGCUCUGCCAGCUCGGGGUUUGGAUCAUAUUGCUGAGAACAUUCUGUCAUACCUGGAUGCCAAAUCACUAUGUGCUGCUGAACUUGUGUGCAAGGAAUGGUACCGAGUGACAUCUGAUGGCAUGUUAUGGAAGAAGCUCAUUGAGAGAAUGGUCAGGACAGAUUCUCUGUGGAGAGGCCUGGCAGAACGAAGAGGGUGGGGACAAUAUCUAUUCAAAAACAAACCUCCUGAUGGGAAUGUGCCACCCAACUCUUUUUAUAGAGCACUUUAUCCUAAAAUUAUACAAGACAUUGAGACAAUAGAAUCUAACUGGAGAUGUGGAAGACAUAGUUUACAGAGAAUCCACUGCCGAAGUGAAACAAGCAAAGGAGUUUACUGUUUACAGUAUGAUGAUCAGAAAAUAGUAAGCGGCCUUCGAGACAACACAAUCAAGAUCUGGGAUAAAAGCACAUUGGAAUGCAAGCGAAUUCUCACAGGUCACACAGGUUCUGUCCUGUGUCUCCAGUAUGACGAGAGGGUGAUCAUAACUGGAUCAUCGGAUUCCACAGUCAGAGUGUGGGAUGUAAAUACAGGUGAAAUGCUAAACACGUUGAUUCACCAUUGUGAAGCAGUUCUGCACUUGCGUUUCAAUAAUGGCAUGAUGGUGACCUGCUCCAAAGAUCGUUCCAUUGCUGUGUGGGAUAUGGCCUCCCCAACUGACAUUACCCUCCGGAGGGUGCUGGUUGGACACCGAGCUGCUGUCAAUGUUGUAGACUUUGAUGACAAGUACAUCGUUUCUGCAUCCGGGGAUAGAACUAUAAAGGUAUGGAACACAAGUACUUGUGAAUUUGUAAGGACCUUAAAUGGACACAAACGAGGCAUUGCCUGUCUGCAGUACAGAGACAGGCUAGUAGUGAGUGGCUCAUCUGACAACACUAUCAGAUUAUGGGACAUAGAAUGUGGUGCAUGUUUACGAGUGUUAGAAGGACAUGAGGAGUUGGUGCGUUGUAUUCGAUUUGAUAACAAGAGGAUAGUCAGUGGGGCCUAUGAUGGAAAAAUUAAAGUAUGGGAUCUUGUGGCUGCUUUGGACCCCCGUGCUCCUGCAGGGACUCUCUGUUUACGGACCCUUGUGGAGCAUUCUGGAAGAGUAUUCCGACUCCAGUUUGAUGAAUUCCAGAUUGUCAGUAGUUCUCAUGAUGACACUAUCCUCAUCUGGGACUUCCUAAAUGAUCCAGCUGCCCAAGCUGAACACCCCCGCUCCCCUUCUCGAACAUACACCUACAUCUCCAGAUAAAUAACCAUACACUGACCUCAUGCUUGCCCAGGACUCAUUAAAGUUGCGGUAUUUAACGUAUCUGCCAGUACCAGGAUGAGCAACAGUAACAAUCAAACUACUACCUGAUUUCCCCAGACUAGCCGAGGAGCAGGGCUUUGAGACUCCCACUGGGACACAGUUGGUCUGCAGUCGACCAGGACAGUCUGUUCACACAGCUGACUGCUUCAGUGCUGCUAUCAGAAGAUGUCUUCUAUCUUUCAUGAAUGAUUGGAACUUUUAAGCCUCCCUUCCUCUUUCCUUCCCUCCUCCUUUCCCCUCUGCACCUAUUUUUUCCCCAUUUGAUUCCAGACAAAGAUGACUUAUAAAUAUAUUUAGUAUUUUGCCAGAAUCUCUCUUUCUGUGCCAUUAAACAGAAGAUCUAGUUUCCCUGUAUAGCCUACUGGCAGAGACCCACUUCUAGGAGACGGGGAUGCAGCUUCAAGUCAGACAGUGCCCAAUGUCCCCCUGUUAACUGUAAGAAUGCCCAGCGCCUGUCCAGAGCAACCAGCCCCACGCUGCUUAGGAGGAGACAGAGCCCUCCCAUAUAGCCUCCAGGGCAAGAAAAAGAGAAUAAGAAUGCGCACUGGACUAUCUAGGCCUCCCGCCUCCUCUUUCCUCCUACCUGCUUCCUCCCUUUAACCUGUUUCUCUGCUCUGCCUAAGAAGAAAGUAUAUGAAGAGAGUGUCCUCAGUUAGCAUGAGUCAGAUCAGCUAGAAAAUGCAACACUUGGAAGAGUUAAAUGCUGUUCAGCCAAAAUUUCAAACCCAGGCUUUUGCUGCAAGUGACCCUGUGGCAACAAUGGAUUCUUGGGACAUGAUGCUCUCAUCAUAUUUGCAACUCUUCUCUCUUCUACUUCUUCCCCCCCACCCAUGGGGGGGAUAGAAAUUUCCUGGGCUCCUUCAAUGGCUGCAUCUUUUCUGGACUCAGCAGUCUCCUCGAUUCCAUGUAGAGUGUGGAAAGGAGUUGCUGAUUGCAUUUCCUCUCAUUUACAAUUAGGUGUGUAAUUAAAAGCAUUGUACUUCAUCUUAAAUCACUGGUAAGGCUCAGCCUACAGAAAGGUUUGAAAUGGCCAGAGCCAGUUGCUCAUUACAUUCUGCAUCAUGGUUCAUAUCUCUGAUUUCUUCAUCAGGGCCUGUGAGCACCCAGGCACCUGUACCUUUGCCAAGACUGUAAUCAGAGUAGCUUAAGAGAUGAUCAGGAGAAAGCUGAUUUCUUUUUCAUUUUGACCAGUAAAUACCAUCUCUCAAAAAUCAAUCUAACCGUCUCAACCUUGCACUGCAGAACCUUCCUUCUGCUUCUCCCAAACCCAGUAUUUGCAAAAGGGCAAAGCUGCCAGAGAGAGAGGAUCAGGGUGAAGCUUGGCACACAGGGUUUAUUAAAGGGACAGAAACUGCCCUCUCUUUCCUUUUCUUCCUCCUCCUGGCCUUACUUUGCUCUAUACCGAGCCAAUAAAUUUUUUCUGUAAGUUGGUGAACAAUAUAAACAAAUGGACCUCAGCAAAGGCCAACCUAACCUGGCCACCCAGAAGGCAGCUCCCAAGCCACCAGGCUCCAGGUGUAAUGGCACAUGUGCCACACUGACCUAGGAGGAGGGGGAACACUAUUAAUGUGUACCCAGUCUGUUUCUCCUGGCAUGAGAGGACCUGCAGGAGCCAUCAUGGGUGGCAUGGGCAUGCCCAUCAUGGGCCCUGAGGCCACAGUGAGUGCAGUCUCAAGUUUCCCAUGGAAGCUGAGCAGGCAGGCCCACUGUUUCCAUUCCUAAUCAGAGCAGAUGAGUUUAAGAAAGCCACUUUUUAACCAAGUGCUAUAAAAACAGCAAAGUGAGAGCCAGUUGCAAGUGACUUAAAGCCAGCAGAGGAGGGGAGGAGUGAAGAGUGAAGAGAGGAGCAUCUUCACUCUUCCAUCUGAUUCACAAGGAGGUGUCCUCUUGCAACUAUGGAACCAGACUGAGUGUUAUUACAUAUGGAAAGGCAGGCUAUGCAUAUGCAUUUUUCCUUUUCUGCUUUAUUAGUACUUUUAACUGUUUAGUUCCAGGUUAUAUUCAGAAAUAUUUCCCAAUGUAAUGAUACAUCAUUGCCUGGGAAAUAUUUCCUUGGUAUAAUUCCCUUCCCAGCUACCCAGAUGCCACAGAGAAAUGUUUUCUACCUAGCCACUAUAGGGUUCCUUGUCUAUUGUGUUGACAAUUAAUGGCUUUUUGAGUGGGUUGAGAUUUUGCUGCAGACAAAGGUAGAGGGCUGGCAGCCCUGAAAAACACACUGGUCAGACAUUAAAGAGGCAUGGGUUUCGAGCUCAUUCAGAGUAUUGUCCAAUAGCCAUAACCUUACCAGCCCUUCUGUUAUAUGCUGCUAUUCUAAAGUGGGAGCUGUUGAAUAUUCAUGGAUGGCCAGGGUUUUGCUCUCCCUUCUAGUUUCAGUUGAAGGUGUAUUGUUUCUAAGACUGUUUUGACACUUGUCCAGUACAUCAUAAAUGAGACCAAGGGUGGACCCUGCAGAUGUGGAACCAUUAGCUCAGUUGAGAAUAUUGUGUUAAGUGGUCCUCUCUGCUGCUGAUGGAAAUGGGAAUGAAGUGAAGUGGUCUGAAAAACUUGAAUCGUUCACAUUUCUCAGCUCUGGGGGUCAUUUACCAGUUCAUUGUAGAAGAAAUAAUCAGGUAAGUAGAAGUUCAUUUCCAGAGGAGGUAAACCCCACUUACCAUCUCUGCAUGAUUUCAGUGGGAAUUGAUUAUCACUAAUCCCCAACUGGGCUAGAAUAAAUGUAAAGUUUGACCUUUUUAAAAAGAAAAGAGAAACAAAGAAAGUCUCAACACAUUUAAAGGAACUGUAGACAAGGAGCUGAAGAUGUUCCCUUGGCUGUGAAGUGAAACGUCCCCAUUGUAGAUUAGUCUCUUCUUGCUAAAAUUCAUUUUGCAAUGUUGGUUCUGAAAGAAACCUUUCUUAAAGAUGGGCUGAAUCCCCUCUCAAGGCAGGUGAGGAAUGUGUGCAUGUGCACCUGUACCUGUUAUGAACUCGUGACUUCUCGAUUCCCACUGGGCUCCUUGGACAAGACCAGCAUGCCUUGCUUCACGUGUGUGUGUUUCACUGCUGAGAACAUCCUUCUGCUUUCUUACGUGCAAUUUAGAAGUGGAUGUGAAUUAUGGAUGGGAGGCAUUUUAUACUUGUCCCUUGGCAAAAUUCUUUCUGGUGUCUACUAACUUCAGAGACAGGGAUGCUCUUUGGAACUCUAUUGACAAGUAAUAAUGUCUGGGACCCUGAGACCCCUAAAUCAUUCUGGUUUUUGCUUGAGUAAGAAAAAUCCUUUUUUAUUUUUCUUUUGUACAAUCUAAAGCUGCAGAGAAGAAAAUAUGCACUCUUCCCUUGCCAGCUCCUGGUACCGUUGAUCUGAAUGGCCCUGGUUGGUCUGCUCCUUAUUUAGCACUUGGUUGUGUGCAGAAACAAAGGGCUAGAGGUAGGGUGUGGUGGGGAAUAUUGGAAAUAAUUAGGGCUAUUUUUUCUUUCCUAGAAUUGGAUUAGAAAUGAUGGUAUUGUUGAUCCUCUUACAAUCUUCCUUUUGCCUUCGAUGUCAAUACCUUCCAGCCUGAAGUGGGGGCAGUCCGACCCAGAAUAGUGCAGGCCUGAGGGCUAGGCUGCAGGCUUGAUUCCAGAAUAAUCCAAGCUACUUAUAGGUGGAAAAUGGGAUGCUUAGCUAUCCAACCCCUGUGACCAUCACAUUCUUUGAUGAUCUGAUUUACCAUAUCACUUUAAUCCACAUUUCUGAUUUCCUUCCCCAUUUGGAUGAGUUCAACAGACUUGUGUGUGUACCCUAAGACUACAGGCUGAGUUCAUCUCCCUGGGCUUUAUCUCCACAGCUCACUGCCAACAGACCAGAGCCCCUUCCUUUAACCACUGUCUCAACAUAAUCAGUGCUGGAAAGACAGCCAUCUCUUAGGGAAAUAAAACUAAGUUUUGCUUCUUGUUAAUCUUUACCAAUAGUUUGUUUGUGACAUCAGAAUCCUUGGAACUGAGGAGACAAACCAAAAGAGCAUGAUUAUGGCUGCCUGAUUUCAGGUGGAACUUACUGCAGUGACAUCUAGAAACCCUUUCUGCUGGAAGUUGAGUAACUAUGAUCUAACAUUUUCUGGAGGCAGAUGACAUCUGAAAUGUGUGCUUUCCAACAACCCAGCUGUCUCUCUUAAUUCCUGAUCUCGUGUGUGUGUGUGUGUGUGUGUGUUUUAUUAAAGAUCAGUGCAGUAAAUAGUAUUUUAAAGUGCUACCUCUCCUCCUAACCCUUCCUCUUCUUGGACACUGAAGGAAAGACCAACUAGGAUAUUAGACCUCUGGGUACCAAGGAAACUAACACCUUCCUAAAGCAGUGAUCACUCAAGCCCAGCCCAGCCUGAUCAGAGAGAUGCCCAGUGAACUUCAACUAUAGGGAAAGGCCUGGCAACAAAUGUGAGCUUCCCUGAGAGCUUUUGUUUGGUUCAGCUCUUUUGUUCUCUAGACUCUUAAGUACUGACUGCUUUGACCUUUGUGAUUAUGUUAUGGUGAUGUGUAGUCAGUGUACCAAUAUGUUCACAACCUAGGAUCUUGGAAAUAGAGUGGUUUUUUUUUUUUU